AUGAUUUUAAAAAUCCAUAUCCAGAAAGGAAAAAUUGGAGUUAAAUUUAAUGUUGGAACCGAUGACAUCUCUAUUGAAGAGAUCAACGCAAUCAUUAAUGAUGGAAAAUACCAUGUAGUACGUUUUACAAGAAGUGGUGGCAAUGCCACGUUACAGGUGGACAACUGGCCAGUUAUCGAACGUUACCCAGCAGGAAACAAUGAUAACGAGCGCCUGGCGAUUGCUAGACAGCGAAUUCCAUAUCGACUUGGUCGAGUAGUUGAUGAAUGGCUACUCGACAAAGGGCGUCAGCUCACAAUCUUCAAUAGCCAAGCAACCAUAAAAAUUGGAGGCAAGGAACGUGGCCAUCCUUUCCAAGGCCAGCUCUCUGGUCUUUACUACAAUGGCUUGAAAGUUCUGAAUAUGGCAGCAGAAAAUGAUGCCAACAUCGUGAUAGAAGGAAAUGUGAGACUUGUUGGUGAAGUGCCUUCCUCUAUGACAACUGAGUCCACAGCCACAGCAAUGCAGUCUGAGAUGUCCACAUCAGUCAUGGAAACAACCACCACUUUGGCCACGAGCACCGCUAGAAGAGGAAAGACCCCAACAAAAGAACCUAUUGGUCAG